AAUUCUCCAUUGUCCCUACUCAAUCUACCCCUCUCCCCUUUUUCUUCUUCUUACUCCUUCCUUCAUCUUCUUCUAUCUAUAGUUUUUAGUUAUCUUGAUCGAUCAAUCCCCCUCCCUCUUAUUAAUUUGAUUUGCUUUUUUUUUUGGUAAUCGAAGAUAUAUUUUCAUUGGACAGCCAGAAGAUUAAUUAAUCAUUCAUCCCAACAGUCAGUGCCUUGGGAAAACAUAUGGGAUCGGAGUCUCCUUCUGCUCAGUACAUCCACAUGGUACAACACCUAAUAGAAGAGUGCAUAGUAUUCAACAUGAGUAUAGAGGAAUGCAUGGAAGCUCUAGAAAAGCAUGCAAAUAUCAAGCCAGUCAUUACUUCCACAGUGUGGAAGGAGCUAGAGAAAGAGAACAAGGAGUUCUUCGAGGCUUAUGCGAAGAAGAGAGAAGAGGGAAGAUUCAACUCGGAUAGCGAAUCAAGCCAACGCCAAAGAAUACACGAUAUAGUAUCGGAGUCUACGAUGAAAAAUAGCAAUGACGAUGAUAAGUCAUGAAUGAUUGGUACUUGAAUUUUUUGAUUUCGACAACGAUGUCUCAAGCAUUUGUUUUGUUGCAUCACAUGAAUCUGUAAUAUGUUUUUUAUACUAAAUUCAUUCCAACAUCUGUUUUGUUGCUUCUUGCUUCACGUGUAAUGUGUAAAAUCUAGUACGAGUACUAUUUUAUAUUUUAAUUAUUUUCUUCACGAGUAA